ACGCUCUAUUUCCCUAGUGUCUCUACCUGGUACGUAAAUCGGCCGCAGAAAAGACCAAUGCUAACUCCCAUCCCGCAUUUGCAGAUACCCGUCGCUCACACCGUUUCUCGUCUUCCGUCGAAAAAUGGGAAUCGUGGGAGUAGGACCUAUUUGCCAGUCUCCUGGUAACACUGUCACAACUGGCCACUUCCGCCCAACGCCCGGUAGCCCAAGGGCCUCCAGGGUCCUACCCCACACCCCCGAGCUCCUGCAGACGACGGCAUCGUGGGCGGUCACUGUUUUCCCUUAGGUCUGGAGAGAGGACAUCCGAGCGGAGGCCACUUGCAGCCUGGCCCGAGCUCGUCCGGCUCCGGGUGACCACAGAGUACCGCGGGCGGGCAGAGGGGCCGGAAACCCCGGCCGCUCAGUCCCUGUUUCCGGCAGCGCCGCGUUGCUCCGGGAGCCGCUGUGGCAGCGUACGCAGUUUCCACGGGGACUGAAGAUGGCGCCGCGAGGUGAGAUUCCGGAGGUAAACGGUUGUCCUCCACCCCGCUGGAAAUCCUGUUCUUUCUGAACGCGUGGUAUAAUGCUACCUAUUUCCUACUGGAACUUUUCAUAUUUCUGUAUAAAGGUGUCCUGCUACCAUAUCCAACAGCUAACCUAGUACUGGAUGUGGUGAUGCUCCUCCUUUAUCUUGGAAUUGAAGUAAUUCGCCUGUUUUUUGGUACAAAGGGAAACCUCUGCCAACGAAAGAUGCCACUCGGUAUUAGCGUGGCCUUGACCUUCCCAUCUGCCAUGAUGGCCUCCUAUUACCUGCUGCUGCAGACCUAUGUACUCCGCCUGGAAGCCAUCAUGAACGGUAUCUUGCUCUUCUUCUGUGGCUCAGAGCUUUUACUUGAGGUGCUCACCUUGGCUGCUUUCUCCAGUAUGGACAGGAUUUGAAGUACAGAAUUUCAGCCAGCAGCCCAUCAGGCUAACACCACACAUAUUGCUUCUGGUACUUUAGCCACACCAGUGAGAAUUGGUGGGGCAAGUUAUCCUGAGAAAGGCUGUGUGGCUUUUCUUCAGCACAGACAUUUGGGCAAGCAACUCAGCAUAAGGCCAGUGGGUACCAUCUUCUAAACCAGGACCAUCAGCUCAAGAGACUGUUCUACACUCCGGUAUAGGGACGGGCAAGGUUAUUCCCAUCCUGCCCCUUCUCAGAACCAGUCCCCUGCUGACCUCAAGUUCUCCUCUUUGGUCACCGUGGCCAGAGCAUCUCGUGUGGACCAUCUAGGCUCCUUGGGCUUCAAGCAGGACCUGAGCCACGUGCAACCUGUACGAGUUGUGCCAUACCUGUCCCACAUGAGCACAGAGAGCCUCAUAUUGGUGGGUUUCCAGAGUGAUGCGAAAGCCUCUCACCCCAGUCCUCGGAGACUGAGUUUCCAGAACGUUUUUAGUAGCUCAUAGUGUUAUUUUUCUACUGUCAUCAUGAAACUAACUUUAUUUUUAAUAAAUAUGUAUUUUCUGUUGU